AGCAAGUAGCAAAUUCAGCAUUUACAUUCCAAUCCCCACAUGGCUAUGGCAGUGUCAAAGCUAUUGUUCCUUUCCGUACAAGUUGUUUUUCUGUUGUCCUUGCAUUCUUGCUCUCCUCUAGUAGCCAACUUUGUGCAAGGCGGGAACGAGACCGACCGUCUAGCCUUGCUUGCAUUCAAGGCUGCAAUAACCAGUGAUCCCUUCGGAGCUUUGAACUCAUGGAAUGAAUCCAUCCACUUUUGUCACUGGGUUGGCGUGACAUGUGGCCGCCGACACCAUAGGGCCAUCGUGUUGAGGCUUGAACAUCAGGAGCUCACAGGGUCUGUCUGCCCUCAUGUCGGAAACUUGACCUUUCUCAAGGAACUAUGGCUGCGGAACAAUAGCUUGAGUCGUGAAAUUCCACCAGAACUGGGACGCUUGCGAAGACUAAAAAUAUUGGCUUUAGCCAAUAACUCAAUUACUGGUGAAAUUCCAUCCAGUAUAUCUGGUUGCUCUAACCUUGUUGCCCUUGAACUCUCUGGCAAUAAGCUGGCUGGGAAAAUUCCUUCAGAGCUCGGUUCUUUCAUUAAGCUCAAGAGAUUGUACAUUGAAAGAAACAACAUAACAGGAGGUCUGCCUUCUACUCUUGGGAAUCUAUCAUCUCUUACAUAUCUUUUUGCUCAUUUGAAUGGUAUUACUGGAAAUAUACCAGAUACUCUCGGUGGGUGUAAGAAAUUGGAAAUUCUCAGUUUAGGGGUGAACAAGUUGGUCGGUACCUUUCCUUUCUCGAUCUAUAAUCUCUCUUCUAUUGGAGAACUCAAUUUACCGUUUAACCAAAUCGAAGGCAGCCUUCCCUCAGACAUAGGAAUCACUCUUCCAAAUCUUCAGCGCCUAGUUCUUGCUGAAAACUUGUUCACUGGUUAUAUUCCUAUUUCAGUAUCCAAUGCCACCAAACUAAAUGGCCUUUACUUGGGAGGAAAUAGCUUUAAAGGAAAAGUCCCUCUUUUCGAAAAGCUGCGUGAUCUUGAGAGGAUAGAAUUAGAAGAAAAUCAUCUAGGAACAGGGGAAGUGGAUGACCUGAGCUUUCUAAACUCAUUGACAAAUGCUACCAAGUUGCACGAUCUGACUAUGGGCGACAAUAACUUUGGAGGAGUGUUGCCUGAAUCAAUUAGCAACUUUUCCACACAUCUUAGUAGACUAGGUUUGUAUAAUAACAAAAUUGGCGGGACCAUGCCAGCCGGGAUAGGGAAUCUUAUCAAUUUGCAGGCUUUUUCCAUGUUCAAUAACCGUUUAAGCGGCAACAUUCCUGCAGAUAUUGGGAAGCUUCAAAUGCUACUGAUAUUGGAUCUCGGUGGUAACAAUUUCUAUGGGGAGAUCCCAUCAUCUCUUGCGAAUUUAACUUCUUUAAAUCAACUUGGUUUGUAUCAAAAUAAGCUCCAAAGCAGCAUCCCUUCAAGUCUGGGGAAAUGUCAAUUAUUGCAGCUACUAUAUCUUGAACAAAAUAACCUUAGUGGUAUCAUACCCAAAGAAGUUAUCAGCAUCUCAUCGUUGUUGGAACUUGAUAUAUCUUACAACAACUUGGCUGGUAACCUUCCAGUAGAAGUAGGAAAUUUAAAAAACCUAGAAGAAUUUGAUGCUACUGAGAACACACUGUCCGAUAUAAUUCCAAGCACUCUCGGUAGCUGUGUCACACUAAGAUUACUGAACCUUGGAGGCAACAAAUUCUGGGGAAACCUUCCGGCAACCUUAGCUAAUUUGAGAGGUGUGGAAGAAUUAAAUCUCUCUCACAACAAUUUCUCAGGACGAAUACCAGAGUACUUGGAUGGCUUCAUCUUUUUAAACAUAUUAGACCUGUCAUUCAAUGAUUUUGAGGGUGCAGUACUGGAAAGAGGUGUAUUUAAGAAUGCAACCGCCAUUUCUGUUGAAGGAAACAACAAGCUUUGUGGGGGCAUAGCUGAAUUGCAACUGCGCAGUUGCAACUCUAAAAGGUUUAGAAGGAAAGGAUUCACUCUAACUGGGAAAUUAAUACUCUCGGUAUCAUUUGGGCUUCUUGGACUACUUGUGAUGCUGGGUGUUCUUUAUCUUUGUUGGUCUAGGAAGACCAAAAAAGUACCCCCAUUCCAAAUUUUUGGAAAUUCAUUUCCGCAAUUGUCCUACCAAAGUUUGCUUAGAGCUACUGAUGGGUUCUCCCUUUCCAACUUAAUUGGAAUGGGUAGUUUUGGUUCUGUUUAUAAAGGAAUUCUUGAUCAAAGUGGAAAAGUUGUUGCAGUGAAGGUUCUAAACCUUCAAUUCCGUGGUGCCUCAAAGAGUUUCAUAGCCGAGUGUAAAGCCAUGAAGAGAAUCAAACAUCGAAAUCUCGUAGGAAUUCUUACAGCAUGUUCGAGUAUCGACUAUCAAGGUAAUGAUUUCAAAGCCCUUGUUUAUGAGUUCAUGGUCAAUGGGAGCCUACACGAGUGGUUGCAUCCAAAUGGGAAUGGAGAGGGCGUACCCGAGGAGCUAAGGAGUUUAAACUUGCUGCAGAGGCUUCAUAUUGCAAUUGAUGUUGCUUCUGCUCUUGAUUAUCUUCACCAUCAUUGCUGGGAACCAAUAGUUCACUGUGAUUUGAAGCCGAGCAAUGUUCUUUUGGACAAUGAAAUGACUGCGCGUGUAGCUGAUUUUGGUUUAGCAAGAUUCCUUCUCAAAGUCACCAAUGCGUCUUUUGCAAAUCAAUCAAGUUCCAUUGGCAUGAUAGGAUCUGUUGGUUAUGCUCCUCCAGAGUAUGGCAUGGGAAAUGAGGUUUCAACGUCCGGAGACGUGUAUAGCUAUGGCAUCCUUUUGUUGGAGAUGGUCCUUGGGAAGAGACCGACUGAUAGCAUGUUUACCGGUAGUCUGACUCUCCACAACUUUGCUAAGACAGCCCUGCCUGAACUUGUGGAGAGCAUUUUCGACCAAACAUUGAUUCCACAAGAUCAAAUGGGGGAGGCAAGCACAAGUAUUAGCAGCAUUCGGAAUCAUAGCUCUCUGAGCAGUCACAAAAUGCAAGAGUGCUUGAUUUCACUACUUCAAGUUGGAAUCGCCUGUUCACAAGAACAAGCAACAGAUCGGCCGGACAUCGACGAGGUUCUCACUGGUUUGCAUAAGACAAAGAACAUUCUUCUUGGAACUUAAGUAAGUGGAGGUUUCUCAGGUGUAAUCAGUAUUUAAGAUGCUUCUCGGCGCAACAGCUAUGUGAUGCUUCAUAUUGCUUCUGCUUUUUGCUGGGGACCUUAUCGCAGUAUAUAGUACGCUGUAAUUUCCCGUUCUGCUUCUUAUACGUUUUUAGUUUGUCUAAGUUUGCAACUUUCCAGAAUAAAUGUACCUUAAUAAGGCUAUGGCUAGCUGUGAAGGUCCAUUCUCAACUCUUAUAAGUUCUGUUGUUUGAGUACAAUAUGGAUUGCACGGUUUGCUCAUACCAUUCAGCAUAUGUUAUGCUACUGUAAAUAGUGUUAUCUUAAUGUGCUAUUGCAUGUAGUCUUUCCGUUAGGUGGUUUAUGGAACAGAGGGAAAGGAUACUGAGCAAGCUGUGAUAUGGCGAAUGGUAGGUCAAACAGAUUAUAGAAGGGAGGAAAAGAAUUGCAGCAAACCCCAAAAACUAUGCCAAAGAUCGAGGCCUACAUUACUUACUUGAGUACUUUUAUACGUCGCAUUCAG